AUGGCUCCUCAAAAUCUUCAGUCCAAGAUCAAGCUGAACAACGGCUAUGAGAUUCCCGCUGUCGGCUAUGGCCUAUGGAAAACACCUCCUGAGCAGGCUGAGGAAGUCUGCGGUGAGGCAUUGAGGGCUGGCUACCGCCAUAUUGACUCUGCUGCCUCCUACAAGAAUGAGGCUGGCGCCGGAGCCGCCAUCAAGAAGGCCAUCGAUAUCCCCCGCUCUGACAUUUUCUUCACCUCCAAAGUCCGCCUCAUCAACUACGAAGACUCCAAGGCACAAGUCGAAAAGACGCUGAAGGAGACGGAGCUGGAGUACAUUGACCUGAUGCUUCUCCACUGCCCCUACGGUGGCUCCGAGGGUCGCAAGGGCGCUUGGAAAGCCCUCGUUGAGGCCCAGGAGGCUGGCAAGGUCCGUUCCAUUGGCGUCAGCAACUACGGCGUCCAUCACCUCGACCAGCUGGAGACACACAUCAAGGAGCUCGAAGCCGAGCGCGGCGGCGCCGGCAAGGGAGGUGCAAUCAACGUCGUCCAGUAUGAGAUUCACCCGUGGUGCGCGAGGAACGACAUUGCCACGUGGUCCAAGCAGCGCGGCAUCACUGUCGAGGCAUACAGCCCCCUGGUUCGCGGCGAACGAUGGGGUGAGGAGAACCUGCAGAAGCUGGCCAAGAAGCACAGCAAGUCUGAGGCACAGGUUCUCCUGCGCUGGAGCUUGCAGAAGGGGUACGUGCCGCUUCCGAAGAGCGUGACGCCUUCGCGCAUCCGCGACAAUACCAACGUCUUUGAUUUUGAGCUGUCGGAGGAGGACAUGAAGUCUCUGGAGACGACUGAAUAUGCCCCUGUCUGCUGGGACCCUGCGAUCACUCCUCUUGAGGGUCCGCUGAGUGGUUAG